UAGGAAGAAUGCAAAAAUCUUGUAUUGCCCUAUUAGAUUCCCAGAUAUAAACAAUUUGUGGAGGGAAUGAAAUGGAGUUAGAUUAUUAGAUUGUUCAUCAUCAAUGAUAACUUCUCAAUCACCAAGGAGGGGAUCCCUUUUUCUACUGCUUGCUUGCUUCUGUUUAGAAGCUUGUACAGCGGUGGAUUAUAUAACAAUCACUCAGCCUCUGCAGGACUCCGAAACUGUAGUUUCUUCAGGCCAGACUUUCAAAUUAGGAUUUUUCAGUCCUGCAAAUAGUAGUGAUCGAUAUGUUGGAAUCAUGUUCAAUGUUCCUGCAGUUGCAGUAGUAUGGGUGGCUAAUAGAGACAGACCAUUAAAUGAUUCAUCAGGAACUCUGACAAUCUCAGGAGACGGCAAUCUUGUGGUCUUGAAUGGGCAGAAGGAGAUACUAUGGUCAUCUAACGUUUCAAAUUCUGUGGCAAAUUCUACUGCACAACUCUUGGAUACUGGAAACUUCGUUUUGACAGACAAUCCCAGUGGAAGAACUCUGUGGGAAAGUUUUCAGAUUCCGACAGACUCAUAUCUCCGGCGGAUGAGAUUAAGUUCAAGUACGAAAGGCCAGAAAAUACGAUUGACCUCUUGGAGAAGUCCUUCUGAUCCAUCUAUCGGAAGUUUCUCCCUAGGUAUUGAAGCCAAGCAAAUUCCACAACUCUUCAUUUGGAACGACAAUAAACCUUAUUGGCGCAGUGGUCCAUGGAACAACAAUGUCUUUAUUGGAGUUCCUGCCAUGGAUCCAGUUUAUCUAAAUGGUUUUAACCUGGUAACGGAUGAUGCAGGAUUGGUGUCUGCUACCUUCACGUAUUCAAAUGAUAGUGGUUUGUUGUACCUUGAAUUGAGUUCCUCAGGGUCUGUACUGCAGAAAGUUUUAUCAGAUAGAAAAGGGGAUUGGGAGGUUACAUGGUCAAGCCAAGGAAGUCAAUGUGAUGUCUAUGGCAUAUGUGGACCUUUUGGAAGCUGCAAACCCCAUGGUUCACCUAUUUGUACAUGUUUGCAAGGUUUUGAGCCUAGAGAUAAGGUGGAAUGGGAAGGAGGAAACUGGACUAGUGGUUGCACAAGAAGGGCAAUGCUACAAUGUGAGAGAAAUAAUUCUGUUCGUUCUGAGGGCAAACAAGAUGGAUUCUUGAAGCUCCCAAACACUAAAGUUCCAGAUUUGGCUGAAUGGGUCGCAACUUCAGAAGACGAAUGUGGUACUCAGUGCUCAAAUAAUUGCUCCUGUUUAGCUUAUGCCUCUUAUCCAGGCAUUGGCUGUAUGCACUGGACGGGAAGCUUAAUUGAUAUACAGCAGUUUCCCUCUUCUGAUGGGGCAGAUUUAUACAUACGUGUGCCUUAUUCUGAACUUGGCAAGAAAAGGGACAUGAAAGCAGUCAUUGCAACCUCAGUAAUUGCAGCAUCUUUAUCCUUUGCAUUGUCUGCAUACUUUUGUUGGAAGUGGCUGGCUAAGCGGAAGGGGAAACAAGAUCAGAUUUCAUUAAUUGAAGCAGGGGAAGUAUAUAAUGUCGAAAGCUUGUUUAGCGACAACUUGGAGCAACCCAAGCUUGAAGAGCUACCACUUUAUAGUUACGAAACUUUAGCUAAUGCAACAGAUGAUUUUGAACCAAAAAGUGAGCUUGGAAAAGGUGGCUUUGGCCCUGUCUACAAGGGAAAGCUAUCAGAUGGACAGGGGAUAGCUGUGAAAAAGCUUUCAAAAUCUUCUGGUCAAGGAACUGAGGAGUUUAUGAAUGAGGUUAUGGUGAUUUCUAAACUUCAACAUCGAAAUCUUGUUAGACUUCUUGGCUGCUGUGUUGGAAGAGAAGAAAAAAUGCUUGUGUAUGAAUACAUGCCAAAUAAGAGCUUGGAUACCUAUCUCUUUGAGCCAUCGAAACGUGGUUUACUUGAUUGGAACACCCGCAUUAGCAUCAUUGAGGGGAUUGCAAGAGGCCUCCUUUACCUUCACAGGGAUUCAAGAUUGAAAAUUAUUCACAGGGAUCUAAAAGCAAGCAACAUCCUCUUAGAUGACCAGCUUAAGCCAAAAAUAUCAGAUUUCGGCUUAGCAAGAAUUUUCGGCGGCAACCAAGAUCAAGCAAAUACCAACAGGGUUGUAGGAACCUAUGGCUACAUGGCCCCUGAAUAUGCAAUGGAGGGAAGAUUUUCAGAAAAGUCAGAUGUUUACAGUUUCGGAGUGCUAUUAUUGGAGAUUGUAAGUGGAAGGAGAAACACAGGCUUUUACCAUGAUGAGUACGAGCUCAGCCUUUUAGGAUAUGCCUGGAAAUUGUGGAAUGGAAAUGAUAUAACAAAUUUGAUAGACCCGUUGAUCUUUGAUCCAUGCAUCGAAGUGGAGGUCAUGAGAUACGUACAUGUAGGACUACUAUGCGUGCAAGAAUAUACAAAGGAUCGGCCAAAUGUCUCAACUGUUCUGUCAAUGCUGAAUAGUGAAAUUGCAGACCUUCCUCGUCCUAAUUUACCAGCUUAUAUAGGAAGAUUGGGUGCUUCAGCCGGAUGUCCUCAAAAAAGCACAGAUUCUGUGAAUGGUGCAACUCUAACAGGUGUUCAAGGCAGAUAGCACAUCCCAAUACAUGUUUUUUUUUCCUUUUGGGGGUAAGUGUUUUUCAUCUUUCGAGUGCACAGAAGAUGUGAAGCACAUUGAUGUUGUUUUAGAGGGUAAUGGAAAAAAAAAUUCGGUUAUGCUGCCAUUCCUUGUCGAACAAUGAAUUUUUUGGUUCAAAUUGCCUUUUGUACCUUAAAUCAAAGAAUGGCUAAUUGUCUGGAUGCUAUUGAGAAUAACAACUUAUAAAUUAAUGAG